UUUUCAGAUAAAAAAUAGGAGAAGUCAAAUGAAGACAUCGUAUUUUGCUCUGUGUUGUCUGACUGGAGGUGGACUUUUCCUCUCAGUGCGCCUUUGGUGCGAUCACUUGGUAAACAGCACCUUCUGAAUAGGAGCGCAUCACCGCUGCCGAGAAACGACUGGAGCACUGCAGCAGCAUCAGGCCUGCGGAGCCACAGGAAGCGUGUCAUCUCCAGACUGCUCGUUCUUUAAUGAUCCCCACUGCUGCUGAUGAGACCCGACAUAAUCCGGACCUGCCCAGAAUGCGCCAAUUACGUGCAAAAGACGUCUCAUCGCUCGUGCGUACUCGGGGCUACAUAUUGUGUUAAACCAGUCAGCUGACUAAAACCGGAUUUCUUAAUGAUGGUUGUUGCUCCGGCUGCUGCUGGAUGCCUCGUGGAGCGGGAUUAUUUUGAUUAGAAGAUCUCAGCAGAGCUCCCUCCUCCCUGCAUCAGUUCUCCUCAGUAGCACACACGGAAGCUCACUCUGGAGUUGUUUGUUUGCAGCAACGUUGUAAACAAACGAGGAGCUGUUCAGAUGAAAUCAGCCUCGCUGCUACAUCCCGGUUGAAGGCAAGUGCUUUUCUCUCCAUCUUCACCAGCUCGUGCCUUCAAUCAGCAAUGUGCUUGGGAAUCCCUCAGCUGCUUCUCCGUGCUCUUUUUUUGAACAUGGGCUCAUAGCAAACCUCUCCGGGAUUCAGCACAACUUUCAGCAUGUUGCUGCCUUCCUCCAGGUCAGGUGAUCACCUGCUGGAAACAUUACCUCACUGGAAUAAGAGUCAGAGAUGGGCCAUAUUUCUGUCUCUCUGGCUGGCGUUCCUCUGGCUACCAGAGACAGCAGGAUUUACACUAAACUGCCAUAAAAUGUGCAUCUGCGCCUCAAAUAUAGUUAGCUGCUCCAAGAUGAAUCUGUCCGUUGUCCCAACUGGUCUGCCACACUACACCACGGUACUGGAUCUCAGCUACAAUGAGAUAGUUCUGCUCCGAUCAGAGUGGACCUCGGUCAAGCUUCCCAAUCUCCAUAACCUCUUGCUCAACCACAAUAAUCUGCAUUUCCUCUCAUCAGAGGCGUUCACAUAUGUGAAGCACCUGCGAUACUUAGACCUGUCCUCCAACAAACUGCAGAUGCUAGACGAGUUCACUUUUGAGCCCUUGGUCAACCUGGAGAUCCUCCUGCUUUACAAUAAUCAGAUUUCACAGAUUGACCGCUCGGCCUUCAUUACCAUGAUCAACCUUCAGAAGCUGUACCUUAGCCAGAACAUGAUCUCCCGUUUUCCCGUGGAGCUGAUCAAGGAGAGAUCCCGCCUGGAGAAGCUCACCCUCUUGGAUGUGUCCUCCAACAAAAUCAAGGUUUUGCCCAUUGAUGAGCUCCGGACACUACCCGCCUGGAUUAAAAACGGCCUCUACUUCCACAACAACUCUUUGCUGUGUCACUGUGAUCUGUACACCCUCCUAGCUCACUGGGAAAUCCGAAAACUAAACCCUGUUUUGGACUUUAAAGACGACCACACGUGUAUUCUGCCUGGUCCACAGAAAACCCAAGUAGGUGUUUUUGAUCUCAGUGGUGAAAGCAUGAACUGCAGCACAUUCAAGGAGGAAGCUGAAGAGACUUAUCUGGAGCAAACAGUACACCUUAAGUGUGACACCAGACGCAGGAACAUGGUGAAGACGUGGCUGUUGCCUGGGAACGUGUUGGUUUCUCAUGGAAGCAACCAGUCAGCAACGGUCGAACCAGAUGGAAACCUAAAGAUAAGUCCGGUCCGGUCCGAGGACUCUGGAACCUACACAUGCUUUGCUAUGAGUGAGAACUUUAACGAGACCAUCUAUGUGGUGUUGAAGGUGCACAACUUCACCAUGCAUGGGUCUGGGGAGACGUUAAACACAGCUUACACCACCUUAGUAGGCUGCUUGGCAAGUGUGGUGCUGGUGCUGAUGUACCUUUACCUGACGCCAUGCCGCUGUUUCUGCUGCCCUAACAAGGGUAAGACUCGGGGUGAGGACAGCAUCCACUCCUCGAUGCUCAGCGUCACUCCAACCCAUGAGGACCCAGCGCUUAAAGCCGAGCUGAACAGGCACGUGGCGUUCAUGGACUCCAAAGACUCGCAGGGCCAGAAUGGCAAGCUGAAUCCCAACGGGGAUGAGGAUGAGGACGAUCAGGAUGCAGAAGCUGGUUCUCUAAUGAAGGGGAAGAGAAAGAAAUCAGUAGCAGAGUCCAUUAGCUCUGUCUUCUCAGACACUCCCAUGGUUGUUUGAGAUGAGAGAACGGAUGCAGCGUGACUUGCUGCAAAUGUGAGCCAUUAUUUAUUUAACGUAAACUCUGACUGUGACCUUGUGUGGGAAGCACACUGGACAGAUGUCCGUCUGCAGUUUCUGGCAAGUGGACCCUGAUAUCACAAAGGGAUUUCAAAACAAGAGCUGUCUUCUUGUCAAAAAAGGACACAAAGCAGGACUUUUCCAGCAUUUUAAUUUGUAGCAAUUACUACUCAUACUGUGAAGGGGCGGCAGCGUCAGAGGACAGUGGAAACAGAGAAUCUUAUGAGAGAAACUGGUAUGUAGUUAUCAGCAUUCAGGAAGUGUGAGACUUGAAAAAGAUUUGCAGAUUGAAAAUGGAUUUUGAGGAAAACCGGUCACAUCUGAUUUAACUUCAACCCCUUGGUAGACUGAUAAUUAUAUUUAUUACCUAGGAUUAGAACAGACUGUUGUAUCUUAGAGUGUAGAUACUUUUGCCUCUCCUCUGUCAGAGCAGACAUGGGGACUGAAUAUAAGCUCUGAAUAUAAGAGACGUUCACCUUGAGUUAUAUAAAGUAAAGCAGCAUGCCAUAAGGACCCCAUUAUAUGAGAUUCUUGGCUGAUAUUUGUGAUUAAGGCAAGGGAAAUAGGAACUUCUCCUAUCUCUAACAUAUAAAGAUGCUAACCAGUUCCUUUUUGUCUACUAUUUAACUCAUGGAACCAAACGCAGGCUCAAAAUUCAUUAAUUUGAACUCUCAUUUAUGCAUAUAGCUAGAGUUAGGGUUGGGGUUUGCAGCCUGGCACAAGUAGAAUAUGUGAACAUUCUCCACCAGAUACACAGAAGGUGUGAAGAAGUAUUUUGUUUGGACUGAUUAUCAACAUAUUGUCUGAAUUGUGUAUACAGACAAGUGCCAGAGUCUUUACAAGGACAAAUUGGGCUCUGGCUCAUGUCCACUGAGGCGCCACUUGCUGUUAAAUCUGCCUCUUGGCCAAGUAAUGUAAUCUCUUUCUGUCACCAGGGUGUUAAACUCUUAGCUACAGUGCAAAAAGCUCAAAGAUACAGAAAAGAUGCAUCUUUUUUUCACAGUUUGAAUAAAAAACUCAUAUUCAGACACCAUAGAUAAGGAGUGACGUUCAGUUUGAGAUCAUGCUUGUUGGAUGGUUCACAGCGUCACACUUGCUUUUAGAAGAUAAUGCGUUCUAUUUUAGCAGGAAAACAUUAGAGCAGGGCUAUUCAAUUCUUGGCCUCGAGGGCACGUUUUAGCUUUAACCCUGCUUCAACACACCUGAUUUCAAUCAGCAGGUGAUUAACAGGCUUCUGCGGGGCCUGAUGAGCUGCUGCACAGGUGAUUCAACCACUGAAUCAAAUGUGUUGGAGCAGAGAAACCACUAAAAUGUGCUGGAUGCCUGGAAUUUAAUAGCCCUGCAUUAGUCUGAGUAAUCUUAAAAACCUUAAUGGUAUCUUGUUGGAAUAAGCUUAUAAAUAAUAAUGAUAAGACUGUCCAUUACUGAUAAGAAAGCCGCUUUCAGCAUUGUAGCCUCUGACAGGAAAUUUGGAGCAACAUGCGAAAUGAUAUUUUUUUAUGGUUCUUUGUAUCAAUACUGUAGAACUAACUGACCAUGCAAGACGCCUGGUGUGCUGUGCAUAUUCUAAUCACAAUGUUCAAACAAGAGCACCUUGGCAUAAGCCAUUAAACUGUGCGGUGUUCGUAUCACAAUACAACAAGUCCGCCCUGACGUAAAUGCUUAUUGCACUUUUUGAUAGGAGGUAGCUUCUCUUUGCUUUUCUUGUCUGUGACUGUCUGAGCUGGAGAGGAUUGAUGUGUUACCGUGAGUCACGGCGACACAAAGGCAUUUUCUCUGGCUCCGUGUAUACCGACAGCAACCGGUUCAGCCCAGAUGUGUUCACUUUUGUUUGCGUUACUCUGUCACCACGAAGCCGCACUUCUUAAGUUCAAAAGCCAUCAUUCAGCCAGGAAAUAAAUGCGAUGCCCUUUAAGCAGCCUGCAAUUUGUUGAUGAGGGAAACGCCUGAAGCUUUUAUUGAACAUUUUCACUCCAAAUGAGUCACACAGUUGGAAAGUACUUCACAAUCUGUGAAUAUGAUAUGCCUUCGAUCAAAAGUUUCAAGAAACACACAAAAAAAAUCUCAAAAUUUUCAAUUAAUCAGCUUUAAAGGCAAAUUUACACAUUUCUAGGUGCAAUGGGGGGGGGGGGGGGGGGGUACGCUAUAAAGAUGUGGUGGAAAAUUCACAACCGUUGUUGUGCACCACAGCAUCUCCUGUGUGGGUGGGAAAAGGAAGUCACACUUGUCAGAGAGGUGGAGUGUGAAUCAUUUCACUCUGUCACACAUCGAAAUACCAGGUGGGGAAACAGACAGCAGCAAAAAAUACCAAGAGACAUUUAAAUAAAGCCGCAUUUAGCUUCAUUAGCACGCACGAUUGCAUUUGUCCAUGAACAUGUCUUGUGUAAAAGGGGUUUUAGCUUUACAGGUUUAUUAUAUGUGCAAGUCCCCUCAUCAGAUUUCAAGCUGUGGUCAGCUGAAGUCACAGACGGUGUCUGUGGAGCAGCACGGUAAAUUGUGUGGAGGUGUGUUUUCCUGCAAGAGCACAGUGUCCAUCUUACUAAAUCUGCUGUGGCUGCAGUGGUCUCCUCUGUGUUGUCACUCACUGAUACAUGUUGUUGUUCUGUAUAGUGAUGAAUUAUUGCAAAGAUCCUAACAUAGAGGAAAAGACUGGCUUAGUUCCCUCCAAAAUGAUCCAGCGUUCCUGUAUAUCUACAUUAACAAUAUAUAUAUAUAAAUGUAUUGAUACUCACUGUGUUUAGUACUGAUUAACUGUUCUACCAGUGUACUGACUGUAUUCUUGUAUUCUAAUAUUGUUCAUUUUGCAUUUUGUCCACUUCUGUGCUUCAGUCAGUUGUUUAAACAUCCAAGUCUUAUUAUAAAUGUCAUUUUUAAGCAGGGUGGGCCGGGGCCUGCUUUAUUUAUAGGAAGAACAUGGUUGAACGGUGAAUAUGAAUGAAAAACUGCAUGCAUAGAGACAGUUUUUAAACAAAUGAGGAUGAUGCAUUCCAAAUGGCAGUGAGUACCGUAUGUAGCCUAAGCCGCUGGAUCUAUUCAGUCAGUAUUAGAUGUUGAUCUAAAAGCCAUAAGCAAUGUAAACACAGUGCUUUACCAGAUUGUUAUGUCAGAUUGGAGAAAUGAGAGAUCUCUUGUGAGUUCCAUAAGUUUGUAUUGCUUCAUUAGACUUCUCAGGAUUAUGUCAGUUCUACUGUAAAUGAAUAAAUUCAGAUGUAUCAGAUCUGUGAUUUUUAGAUCAGUGCUCUUUGCCCCCCAUUCUGCUCUAAAAGAGAAGACAACCAGGCACUCUUGGUUCUCCAGCUAUAUUUCCACUCAAAGCUAUUAGAGAAGCAACCAUGAGGUGAUAAGGUGAAAAAGAAAAUGCUUUCUGCUUUCACAGAGAGCUACCAUGUGUGUCCACGGGACACAAAGGGAGUUUUAAAAGCAGAGCGUUUAUUGGCUAUAACUUCAAGGCUGAGACUCUCGGUCGUUGCUGUAAAACAGAAAGGCCUCACGGCUUAAGAAUUAUGGCUUUGCAUGGUAUGCUUAAAGGCUUCUGUGGCUGCAUGAUGGGUGCAAACCACUAGGCAUUAAGUACAAAUAUAUACGAUCCUUUUAACAAAUAAAAACAAAGUAAUGUUUGUGUUGUCUUGAUUUUUAUUGCCUUAAAUCAGCACUAUCUUAAUAGUAUUGUGCAAUGAUGACAACUAGAAAUACAGAAAUGUGUUAAACUCGUUUCCCCAUAACAUGUUUCUUUCAAAUCUAUUUAUUUUACUACUUUACCUGUUUUACAGAUUUGAAUAAUUUGAAUCUUCAUGUGAUUUUAGAGUUAAUUUAUGAGUUACUGCCAUCUUGUGGCACAUGAAGGCAGUGCAAUACAGUAAUCAUAACAAAUGGCUUUGCAAAUGUUUAUGCAAUGGAAAAAGGUAAAAGGCAAUAGAUAGGUGUAUGUUUUUGAUAGAUAUGAUUCUGACUAAUACCCAUGCACCUGCUCUGUGCACGCUCCAGACACAGGAGGAACAAGUUCAAAUGGCCUGUGUUAGGAAAUGGGACUCUUCAUUUAGUAGUUUGGAACAAUUAAAAUUAUAAAAAACUGGAGAAUUAGAAGGUGACUCAUAACUACAUAACACUUAAACUCACCUGAGAGACAUGAAUGCGUGCAUCAAAAAUAACAUAGCAACUUGUUUAUUUUUGACCAGUUUAUUUGAGGUUGUUUGUUAGCAAGCUAAUUACAACUGCUUUAAUACAAUAACGGAGAACCAUUAGUCAAAUAUUAAAAAUUAAACAAUAUAAAGACUAAGCCAAACUCUUGUCUGUUUUUUAUAAUUAAUACAGAUAUGGCUCAUUAACACACACCUAUAGUUUUUUUAUUGAAUAUUUCACAUCAGGACAUUAGUGUGUAGGUUUAUCAAAAGGCUUUUAUUAUUUUAUUUUUUUGUAAAUCUGUGACUAAAUCAUGCACACUAUUUUGACAAAGGUACAUCCACCAGAACCAGAAUCCAGUCUCACUUGUGAGAUUUUAACUGAACCACCAGGUAGAUCUAGGAAAAAAAAAACAACAAAAAAACACAA